ACAAAUUGAGUAAUUUUGCUCAACGCUUUUAUUCUGAAGGAAAUCUACCUCGGAAAUAUUCGUACUUCCGGUGCCACAAAAGUCUAACGUAUAUAAACAAGUUCUGUUAAAGAAAGGGUUGGUGGCAUACUGGAGCCUAUCCCAGCUGUAUUUGGGCAAGAGGUGGGGAACAUUCUCAACUGGUUGCCAUACAGUUGCAAGGUCAGCAACUGCAAGUGACCAAUUGGGACACAGCAUCAUUGUUUAAUUUGACCCUAAAACCAUGGCAACUGACUCGACACUCCUCAACUCUGAGAUGGAGUUACAGCAGCAAGAAGAUCUGUAUGAGCAGCUGUUAUCACAGACAUUAGGAACUAUGCAGACCGCAAAUCCAGAUUCAAAAGUGAUUCGACCGCAACCCGGGAUAUGUGUGAAGACGACGUCAGAACCGGGCAAGCAGAAGGUCUUCGUCAACAUCUGUCAGUCAAACAUGGUUCCAUCACCACCGGAGAUCUCCAGAGAGAAACUUUUGGACUUGCUGCAAUCCGAGGAUCCCAGUGGCUACAGAGUUCCCAUGAGCCUCGGGGAGCCACACACUGAAGUGGACAACAAUUCUCAGGGUUGCACAGCCUAUGAUGUGGUCAUCAACCAGGAAUUUUUCCAAAAAUGUCAGAAGGAACCGCUGUUCCAGCAGUUUGUUAUCAUGGUGUCUUUGGAAGGUUUAGAGAACAAAUACAACAUGGAUCUUAGUAGAGAAUGGAAGGUGCUGAAGAACAGGAAGUUCUUGGGCUCAGUCAGUGAGCAGAACAUUCGCACCAAAAGCAAGCCAGUUAUUCAAGAGCUGCAACCCCGGGACAUCUCCACAUCAGAAGCAAAACGGCCAGACUUCACCUUGUAUGUGGAGCCCCCUUCUGGUGUCCCCGAGUACCUCAUUGCAGAAAUCAAGUUGCCUGGUGUGGUGUCGUCGCGCUCGCUGGUCCUUGAUGUUGGCGAGGAUCGCCUCGUGUUGACAGCCCGGCCUUCGCUUUACUCUCUUGACAUCUUCCAUCCCUUCCUCGUUGAUCAGGAGACAAGCGUGGCGCAAUACAACCGCAGCACUCAGAUCCUCACAGUCACUCUGCCUGUGGCGUCAUCUUGAAACAAAAGACGUUAGCGCCACUCAAUCGUCAAGAUGCUGUGAAAAUCAUGCUGACUCUCCGCUUAGUGAAUGAAGUGACUGGAGAGCAUCGGUUCUCACCCGUUGUCAGUCACCCCAGAAUCCGGAUUUCCCUAUUACUGUAUUGCAUAGUCGCCACCCACUUUUACCUAGGAGCAAUAAAAAGAAGCUUUUUAAAAUGUGUACGAUAUAUUUAUAAACAUAACUUCGCCUGCUUAUAUGCCCAAAGUACCUUUCAGAGAACCUUAUUAACUGAGAAUGAACAUGACAAGUGCUUGCACAAAAACAAACAUCUUGGCGCUAACUGUUCAUUGUUAGAUAUUCUAAAAAUAGUUUGUCACAAAAUAACCAUAACUGUCUUGCUUGCUUAGUUAACAUAAAGAGGGACUUGGUGCGGAAAAUGCUUUCGAUAGCUAAAUAUGAUUAUUUAUUCCUUAUGAGAAUUUAAAAUGUUUGUACACAUCUUGGCAAGAAUCAUGGAAGUUGAAGAAAAUGAUUUUCUUUCAUGGGCCGCAUACAAUGAUGUAGUGGGACUGAUGUGGUCCUCGGGCCUUGAGUUUGAUAACUUGUGAGCACCAGUUAAGUUAAUGCUUAUGUUAAUAUUUCAUUGUUACAAUUAUGUCUGGGAUAUACUGUGUGACAAAUGAAUUUCAUUUACACUGACCAGCCACAUUUUGACAUUGUUAAUGAAAAAAAGUCUGCAUUGUUAGUUUUGCAAAGCCAACCUUUGAGCAUAUUGCAGCAAAUGAACAUAAUGUUGACUCCUUGGUGUGUGUUUCUUUCGUCUUGUCCCUUUCGGGGUCACCACAGCGGGUCAUCUCAGAUGAAAGCAUAUAUAUGUUUGGCACAAAUUUUUUUUUUUUUUUUUUUUUUUUUAAAAACGCCCGAUGCCCUUCCUGACGCAACCCUUCUCAGGGAGUGGAGGCCCCAGUGGGAUACAAACCCACAACCCCUGGUUUACCAAACCAGUGCUCUAACCACUGAGCUACGGGGCCUCACUUGAUGUAUGUGUGUUAUGUUCACGAGCUUGCAAAAGAAAUAAUGAGAUUAAGUGAGAAUUUUAAUCAAAAGUGGAGAGCUGCAAUGCAUUCAUUUCUUUUUUUGGGUGAUUAUACUGUACAUGGGCUUUGUUUUUGUAUUCUUUUACUUGGACAAAAAUGCUGAGGGCAAACCCCAAUUGAAGAAAAAUCUUUUUAAAAAUAAAAUGCUUCAUGUUCA